CCAUACACUGAGGUAAGUCAGGUGUUUACUGACAAUACUUUUUAAACAGUAGAAGUAUAAGAUAGGACGUAUUAUACUUCCUCAAGCAUCUUUAAAUUGGCAAAAGGGAUCACAACAAGGUGAACCAUGGCAAACAAGUUGGUGAUCAUCGACACAGACUGCGGCAUUGACGACGCUCAGGCCAUAAUGAUGGCCUUGGCGGCGCCCAACCUGGAGGUCCUGGCUGUGACCUGCGUGUUUGGGAACGCCGCGGUGGAGAACGUGUGUCAGAACGUUCUGCGGGUUCUCUCUGUCUGCGAGCGCCAGGGGAUUCCAGUGUUUCAAGGCAGUGCUGGUCCUCUUGUUGGAGUCAGUAACCCAUUCAGUGACCACUUUGGAGUUGAUGGACUUGGGGAUGUGAUAGAAGACAGAGAUCCUCAGUGGAAGGAGAAAAUUCAACAGGAGCAUGCUGUCGAUGCCAUGAUUAGAUUGGCAUCUAAAUAUGAGAAUCAGGUCUCCUUGGUGGCCCUGGGCCCGCUCACCAACCUGGCGCUGGCCGUCAGACUGGAUCCACGCUUUCCCCAAAAGCUCGGAGAGCUCUUCAUCAUGGGAGGAAACAUGGAGGGAAAGGGGAACGUGACCGUCUGUGCAGAGUUCAACUUUGCAGCGGAUCCAGAGUCGGCUUACAUUGUUCUAGAAGAGUUCGUCUGCCCUACUUACCUCGCUACGUGGGAAUACUCUGGCAGAAAUGCCCUGACUUGGGAGUUCUUUGAAGAGCUGGUCAACCAGGACUUCCCGGCGGCCCGCUUCAUGAAGACGGUGACGUCGAAGUGUUGGGCCUACUCCAAAGAAGCCAUGAAGAACAAGAGAGACGUGUACUUCGGGCCUGGCUUUGUCUCUUACGACUCCUACGCGAUGGCGGCCUGCGUGGACGGCGGCACCGUGCUGGAGAGCAUCGAGUGCCCGGUGCGCGUGGAGCUGCAGGGCUCCAUGAGCCGCGGCAUGUUGGUGCUGGAUCGCACAAAGUCUCUGAAGAAGAGCCACGCCGUGAGGGUCAUGUCUAAAUGUGAUGUGAAGAAGCUUGGUCGGCUCCUAAUGGAGUCCCUCAAACAACCGCCGAGGAAGUAACCUGUUCGGCUGUAAGGUUUAUUUUUCUUCUGACAAUGCCUUCAAACGAGGGGCAAACUUUACAAGGAUAAAAAAAAGUUUUUUUUAGCUACUAAACAAACAUGGGUUAUCAUGAAAGACAAAACUUUGCGUUUCCUAUUUCUAGUUAAACAAGAUAUAUUUCAGUGAAAAUAUCACCCUAAAAAAAUUGUUGUUUUUUAAAGUAAUCUGCUGUGUGUUAUUCUUGGAAUCACUUGUUAAAGCCAUUUCAUUUAGAAAGUAUUGGUGCUGAACACUUAAUUUUUUAUUUUUUUAAAUUGUGCCUUAAAUAUAACAUAGUAAAAAAAAUCACAUGUAAAAAAAAAAAAGAUCAGUUUUAGAUUUUAAAAUCCAAGUUCAUCAUAAAUUCCUUCUAUAACAAGCGAAAGAUUUCAAGAGGUGUAGUUUUUCCUUAGUGGUCCAGCAGAGGGCAUUGUUGCAUCAUGCCGACAUGUUUUUAUCUUUUUGAGGAAGAGGAACAGCACACACUCUGAAGAGAACCAGCAGCUGCACCCUUGCAGCACUAGGCCAGAUUCCAGAUAGUAUUUCAUAAGCAAAAAUAAACAUCCAGACAAGAAAAUCUAAAGAUGUUUCCUCAUAACCAGAGGAAGGUUGAUGGGUCACUCUGCCCUUAUUCGUGCUUAAAGUACUUAUUAAAAUAUCCCGGAGAGAAAUGGUACAUGCCUUCAGGAAUUCAAUGCAUCAUCAAUUCUUUCUACCUUAUUCUACAAAAACAUAUUGAAGAAUUGAUUCUAAUAAAAUAAAUGCAUUAAAAUGCACAUAAAAGUAAUGAUGGAAAAUGAAAUGUAACUUUUACUCCACUUGUGUUUAUUUGAGAGGAUAAAUCUUUUGUUUCUCUUCAUAAACAAGGACUUCGGUUUCAUACUCCCUUCUUGCUGACACUAAAUAUGUAAACUUUAGGGAAAUUUAAAAAGAGAGCUAAAGAACAUUAUAUGUCA